AUGGAAAUCACCAGAGAUAGAGUGAAAGGUACUUUAACGAUUUCUCAAGAAGGAUACGUGAAGAAGGUACUAGGAAACUUCGGAAUGGAUCAGUCCAAACCUGUAGCUACUGCAAUGGGAGCUCACUUCACGUUCACAGCGGCAACAGAAGAAGAGCUACAAGAUCAACAGGAAGACAUGGAGAAAAUUCCUUAUCAGAGUGCUGUUGGGAGUUUAAUGUACGCCAUGAUUGGUACACGUCCUGACUUGGCAUACUCUGUGGGUUUGGUAUGCAGGUUCAUGACUAACCCGAUUAAGGAACAUUGGUUGGGAGUCAAGUGGAUUAUGCGAUACAUGAAUGGUACCUCAGAUAUGAAGAUUAGUUACAGGAACGAAGGAGAUUUUGUGCUCAAGGGUUAUUGUGACUCAGACUACGCAGCAGACAUGGACAAAAGGAGGUCCAUUUCUGGAAUAGUUUUUACACUUGGAGGAAACAGGAUAAGCUGGAAAUCAAGUCUACAAAAGACUGUGGCCUUAUCGACGACUGAAGCAGAGUAUGUUGCUUUGGCGGAUGCAGCAAAGGAGGCCGUUUGGUUAAAAGGUCUGAUGAACGAGUUAGGUUUCAAGCAAGAAGCUGUAGACAUCUAUUGUGAUUCUCAGAGCGCGAUUGCAUUGGUAAAGAAUGCAGUUCAUCAUGAGAGGACGAAGCACAUCGAUGUCAAGCUUCACUUUCUCAGAGAUUUGAUCAGUAUGGCAAAGAUACGAGUGCUGAAGAUUGCUACAGAUACAAUCCAGCUGAUAUUUUCACAAAGGUUCUUCCAGUGGGCAAGUUUCAAGAUGCUUUGGAGCUGCUCAGAAUUUCAAAGAAGUGAUUCAGCUCAUUAA